GUGCUAGGGAGAAAGCUGCUACUGUGGUCGGAGGUGAAUGACCUCAUUCUGAUCGUCGCGAGUAUCACGCUCGUCACGACAUCUUCCAAAGAUCAGUGUUUACUCGGAAAUAAUUGUAGACAUUAUUGCGACGCUAUGGGGUUGAACGCGGCGGAAACCUAACAUGGAUUGCAAGGAACCAAGGAAAUUGAAGGAGGGUUUUCUUGUGAAAAAGGGACAUGUUCGUCACAAUUGGAAGACAAGAUGGUUUGUUUUGCAUGAAGAAAUGUUGGUGUACUUCAAGAAAAAAAAUCAGAUAAUGUAUAAUGCUGGAGAGAUUCCACUGAGAGGCUGCUUUUUAGUCUCGCCCUGCACAGAGUACACCAAAAAGGAGGGAGUGUUUAGGAUAACAACCAAAGAGAAUAGAGAGUACUUACUUCAGGCAGCAAAUGAAGAGGAACGUGAACAGUGGACCACAGCAAUUGCAAAUGCAGUCAGAGGAUUAGAUAUUAAAUAUAAGCACACUGAUACCGAGGAGGUUCCAAGAAGUCCUUACCCAAGGACAGCUGUACAAUUCACUCCAACACAAAUAAGGGACAUGGUGGAAGCAAUGCAAGAUGCAGAUGCAGGAAUACCUCUCAACAAUCAUUUGUGCCACAAGGAAAAUAAAACUUACAAAAUCUGCUUUACUGGGAUUCAAAUGGUUGACUGGCUUCUUAAAUGGUCCUUUGUGUCAAGUCGUGAAAGUGGUAUUGCCUUAGCAUCUGUGCUGUUGGAGGAUGCCCAUCUCCAGCCAGUUGGAAUAACAAGUAAAACAUCAUUUAGAAGAAAAACACAAUUUGAAAACUGUGACACAUUUCUGGAUAGUUCAGAUGCUCUUUACAGAUUUUCUGCUCUGAGAUUCAGUGCCAAUGAAGGUUUAGAGUUAGAAUGGUCGGAUGACUCUAGUGAUUCUGACGAUGAAAUUCCACGAGAUCAGUGUGGAGCUAUCAAAGGAAAUAUUGUCAAGCAAGGCUUCCUACAGAAAAAGACUGGCGAUUUUUUUUCUCUGACUGUUGAAUUUUUGCGGUUUGAGGGCCAUGUGCGACACAACUGGAAAACAAGAAAGUUUAUCCUUUGUACAGAGCCAACUAUCUUAUUUUACUGUCGGCCUUCCAAGGCAUCCGCGCCAGUUGGACGCAUCAAGUUGCAGGACAUUGAAGUAAAGACUCUUAAAAACGACGAAGAAUUUUCCGGAACCGACAGUGAAAAUGGGAGAAGAAAACAGACAGCCCAGUAUACAUUUCUUUUACGAACAAGGAAAGGAAUCAAAUACAUUUUCCGAGCAGCGUCCGAGGAAGACAGAAUGGAAUGGGUACAAACUCUUCAAACCGUCUGCAAGAACUCUUGGAGUAUGGAGUAAAAAAUACUUUUGAGUAUUGAGUUGAAAAAUACUCUGGUACUUAAGACUAAUGAGGUAAAUUGUUGGAAAAUUACGAAGAAAAUACCACCAUACGCCCGUUACGUAAUGAUCAUUUUGAUGUGGACUGCUCAAGAGCACGAGAUUUUCCAGCAACACUAAAACAGUGAACUUGCACCAGCGUUGAUUUGGCGUGAAGUACACCGCAGUCACGUGUUAUCGACACGUUCGUAUUACAUUUGCGAUCAGGAAGUGUUUGAUUUCCUCUUUUACGUAUCCCUGUUAUUCAGUAGUUGAAAAGAAGCUUCAUUGGUACGUUUUCGCAUUCGCAUUUGUCCUGAUAUCCGUAACGCCCCAUGUCAAAUUUUUUGUACAACUGCAGUCAUAAAUUUUUACCAUCUUGGAAGAUGAUAGAAACAGAUUUUUAAACUGAAAAGAAAAUAUGUUUGAGGAGGACUAAAUAUGAAAAAAGCCCUAUCGUUUACGAACGUUUUUAUUAUCUAUACGAUGUAAAAGAGUAUUAUUAAGGCAUUGAAUUAAAGAAAGAAAAGCCACCAUAUCUGUGAAAAGGAAGAAGAAAAUUGUCUGUAAGUCGCAUCGUUGAACUUAAAUGCAUGAAACAAGUAAAUAGAGUCAAGCAUGAUUAACCACUGACAGCUAUUUUCCUCCCAUAAUGUAUCAGUAAAACAUUAAGCAGAGGAUGGCGACAUGGAGACAAAUAUUCAUUUAACAAUUAUUCGCUUAAGGCCGAGCGAGUGUUGUCAAAUAGUCCCCGAUACAAAAAUUCGUGGGUGUCAAUCCAUAAUAUUAGCCUGAGGGGAUUAUUUUCUUUCUUAGCAUAACUGUUCGGGUGAUUAUCAGAGAAACUGCUCUUUCUUUCGUUUGAUUUGCUUCUUUUAACUCACAGGACGGCCAUUUGAAAAUCAGGGCUUCAUUAUGAUUAUCACCUCGCAGGGAGUGAUUAUGGCAAGAUAUGGGGUAAUUUUUGACCAAUCAGAGCGUGGGCAUCUGUAAUCACCUGAGCAAUUGUGCUGCAUAAAGAAUCAUGUAAAUAUCAAUUCCUAAAACUAACACCAUAAGAAGUUUAUGGUAGAAGAAAUUGGGCGCGUCUGUCUAGUUGUGUGGUCAAACAUAAUUUUACUUGGACAUAACUCAUUUUUGGCCGGACAAGUAUCCAUUUCGUCAUAGCUCAAUAAACUCCCCCCCCCCCUUCCCCCCUUUUUCCUGUACGAAA